GCCGCGGUGAUCACAGCAGCGCCUGGAACAAAAAUGGAUUCACGAGUGGAGCAGUGAAAGAUCUUCUUUUGGGGGGAGGGAAGGGAAAAGGCGUUUAGGGUGUUUUUUUAUUUCUCCCACACGCUUUCCAGCUCGAAACCAGAGGUUUUUGGGGCUUUUUUUGGGGGGGGCAGCCAUGGUGGAGCUGGAGAAGGAGGUGCUGCCGCUGCCGCCGCGGUACCGGUUCCGAGACCUGUUGCUUGGGGACUGGCAGGCGGACGACAGAGUGCAGGUAGAGUUCUAUGUGAACGAGAACACAUUCAAGGAACGCCUAAAGCUGUUCUUCAUCAAAAACCAAAGAUCCAGUUUGAGAGUGCGCCUCUUCAACUUCUUCCUGAAGGUGGUGAGCUGCCUGCUCUACAUCGUCCGAGUGCUGCUGGAUGACCCGCACGAGCAGAGAGACUGCCCCGGCUGUCUCAGACAGAAUGCCUCUGCGCAGAACAAAAGCCACUUUGACUGGUCCCUCAUUAUCUGGGUGAACAGACCUCUGCCGCUUUGGGCACUACAGGUGCUUGUGGCCUUCAUCAGCUUUUCGGAAACCAUGUUGCUGGUGUACCUCAGCUACAAGGGCAACGUGUGGGAGCAAGUGUUGCGUGUCCCGUUCAUCCUGGAGAUGAUCAGUGCAGUUCCCUUCGUUAUCACUGUGAUUUUGCCCUCUUUCCGAAACCUCUUCAUCCCCGUCUUUCUGAACUGCUGGCUGGCCAAACAUGCUCUGGAGAACAUGAUCAAUGACCUGCACAGAGCCAUCCAGCGCACCCACUCAGCCAUGUUCAACCAGGUGCUCAUCCUCAUCAGCACCCUCCUCUGCCUCAUCUUCACCUGUAUCUGUGGUAUUCAGCACCUGGAGAGAGCGGGGAAUAAUCUGACCCUGUUCGAUUCCCUUUAUUUCUGCGUGGUCACUUUCUCCACUGUGGGAUUUGGAGACGUCACGCCGAAGAUUUGGCCUUCGCAGCUCCUGGUGGUCAUCAUGAUCUGCGUAGCGCUCAUUGUGCUGCCCAUUCAGUUUGAGCAGCUGGCCUUCCUGUGGAUGGAGAGACAGAAGUCAGGAGGAAACUACAGCCGCUAUAGAGCACAAACCGAAAAGCACGUGGUACUGUGUGUGAGCUGCCUGAAGAUAGACCUCCUCAUGGACUUCCUCAAUGAGUUCUUCGCCCAUCCUAGACUGCAGGACUACUACGUGGUGAUCCUGUGCCCAGCAGAGAUAGAUGUCCAGGUGCGGAGGGUCCUGCACAUCCCACUGUGGGCUCAGAGGGUCAUCUACUUGCAGGGCUCCGCCCUCAAAGACCAGGACCUGAUGAGGGCUAAAAUGGAUGAUGCAGAAGCGUGCUUUAUCCUGAGUAACCGGUUUGAAGUGGACCGCCUGGCCGCUGAUCAUCAGACUAUCCUCCGGGCCUGGGCAGUGAAGGACUUUGCCCCAAACUGCCCUCUCUACGUCCAGAUUCUCAAACCUGAGAAUAAGUUUCAUGUCAAGUUUGCAGAUCAUGUGGUGUGUGAAGAAGAGUUUAAGUAUGCCAUGCUAGCCCUCAACUGUGUGUGCCCAGGGACAUCCACCCUGAUAACCUUACUGAUCCAUUCCUCCAGAGGACAAACAGCACCUUCAGAAUCCUUCAAGCAGCGUGGGGGGGCCUUCCAGCCCCUCAACAGGGAAGGCGGCGCAAACUCAGCCGACCAAUGGCAGCGCACCUAUCGCCGCUGCUCAGCCAACGAGGUGCACCACAUCCGGCUGGAGGAGAGCAAGUUUUUCGGGGAGUACCAGGGCAAGAGUUUCACCUUCGCCUCGUUCCACGCACACAAGAAGUAUGGUGUGUGUCUUAUUGGCGUGCGGAGACUGGACACAGCGAAUAUUCUGCUGAACCCUGGGCCCUGCCACAUCAUGAGCGCCUCAGACACCUGCUUCUACAUCAACAUUUCCAAAGAGGAAAACUCCGCUUUCGUCAGGGGCCACAGAGAGCCGGCCCGGGGCCCGGGGGGCGACUCACGGGGUGUUCCACAGACCAUCUACCACGGACUGACACGCUUGCCUGUACACAGCAUCAUCGCCAGCAUGGGCACGGUGGCUAUAGACCUGCAUGACUCCAGUGACAGCAGUCCAGAGGGCUCAGGGCCAACCGGUGUGGGCGGGGUCAGUGGUGGGCGUGGUGGGGUCCGGGCUGAAGCGGGCGUGAGUAACACCCUGUCGCUGCCUGCAGUGGCCGAUUCAGCGGAGGAGAGGAGGCACAGCAUUGCCCCUGUGCUAGAGCUAGUGGACGGGGUCAGCCCCACCUUCGAUCUGCUGGGGGACCAGUCCGAGGAUGAGGCGGGAGAGGAGGGAAAAGAGGAGGAGGAGGAAGAAGGAGCAGAGCAGAAAGGCCAGUGGUGGGGAGCACAGUGCGAGUGGGUGAAGGGCUACCCACUGAACUCUCCAUAUAUCGGGAGUUCUCCUGCACUUUGCCACCUCCUGCAGGAGAAGAUGCCUUUUUGCUGCCUCCGCCUUGAUAAGGCGUGCCACCACAUGCCGUAUGAGGACGCCCGUUCUUAUGGCUUUAAAAACAAGCUGAUUAUUGUGUCGGCUGAGAGUGCAGGCAACGGCCUGUACAACUUCAUCGUGCCUCUGCGAGCCUAUUACAGACCCAGGAAAGAGCUGAACCCCAUAGUGCUGCUGCUGGAGAGCAUCCCUGAAGCAGACUUCCUGGAGGCUAUCUGCUGGUUCCCUAUGGUCUUCUACACUGUGGGCUCCAUUGACAAUCUGGACAGUCUCCUGCGCUGUGGGGUGACGUUUGCAGACACCAUGGUGGUGGUCGAUAAGGAAAGCUCUAUGAUCGCGGAGGAGGACUACAUGGCUGAUGCCAAAACCAUUGUGAACGUACAGACCUUGUUCAGGCUUUUUCCAGCUCUUAGUAUAAUUACAGAACUCACCCACCCUGCCAACAUGCGGUUCAUGCAGUUCAGAGUGAAAGAUCACUACUCGCUCGCCCUCUCCAAACUCGAGAAGAAAGAGCGAGAGAGGGGCUCCAACCUGGUCUUCAUGUUCCGAUUACCCUUCGCCGCCGGGAAGGUGUUCAGUGUCAGUAUGCUGGACACUCUGCUAUAUCAGUCCUUUGUGAAAGACUACAUGAUCUCCAUUACCAGACUGUUGCUGGGACUGGAUUCCAUGCCUGGGUCUGGUUUCCUCUGUGCCAUGAAGAUCACAGAAGAAGACUUGUGGAUCCGCACCUACGGCCGGCUCUACCAGAAGCUCUGCUCGUCCACAGGAGACAUCCCCAUCGGCAUCUACCGCACAGAGGCUCAUAAACUGCCUGUGUCUGAGUCGCAGGUGUCCAUCACAGUGGAGGACUACGAGGACACGCGGGAGCCCCGGGAGCCUCUGCUGUGCCGUUCCGGCCCCCACCGUAACUCCACCUCCUCUGAGCCGCCUUCCUCGUCGUCCUCCUCCCACACCUCUGAUCACCCGCUGCUCAGGAGGAAGAGCAUGCAGUGGGCGCGGCGGCUCAGCCGUAAGGGGGGCCGGGGCCCCAGCGGAGCCAAAGGUCCGGGCAGUGCCGCCGAGCGCAUCAGCCAGCAGAGGCUCAGCCUCUUCCGCCGCUCUGAGAGACAAGAGCUCAACGCCCUCGUCCGCACACGCAUGAAGCACCUCGGCCUGUCGCCAUCCGGAUUCAAUGGGAUGACAGACCAGGGCAACAGACUCUCCUACAUCCUCAUCAACCCCUCCCCCGACACACGACUCGAGCUGCAUGACGUUGUGUAUCUGAUUAGGCCUGAUCCUCUGUCUCUGAUGCCCAACCAGGGCGGUGGCCGCAAGCCCAGCGCAGGCAGACCGGAGGGUCACAGGUUUGAUACGCAGGACAGUACCCACCUGUGACCAGACACCAGCACAAAUACACUACUACACCACGGCCUGGGAGAGCCUGUGGAUGAGAAAGUGUAUGUGAGAGAGAGAGAGAGAGAGAGAGAGAGAAAGAGAGAGAGAGAGAAAGAGAGAGAGAGAAAGAGAGAGACCCGAAAAGAAAGGACUGUGAAUUACAACUACAAACCUAGUGAGUCGCUGACAACUGUUUCUUUUCUAUCUUGAGGCCUGUCAAAUGCAUGGACCUUUUACAGUCUCAUUUACAUUUUAUUUAUUUUCGCAUCAGUUGGUUUGUUUUUGUUUUUGAUGCAAGGGAGCUGAGGCCACAUAAGUGCAUUUAAAUAAAUCUGUACAUUGUAUUAGUCUUUGUGCAUGUGAAUGUAUGUUAAAUAGCCAACACUGCCAAUCUUAACCUGGACUGCCAAAGGAACACAUUGUCAAAUGUACGUUGAGGGGGGAAUUUAUCUUCUGUCUCUCUGUGUGUUGUGAGCAGUCCAUGUCCGUUAGCUGCUCUGUGGAUCGUCAAUCUGGAAUUCAUUUUUUUCCCCGUUUUGCGUUGCCUGUGGUAGGAGCUAUCAAAUGUUUCAUGGGCAUUUGAUACAGGUUGACUUUUUCAGCUCCCUGUGGACUGUAUCUGAGCUUGCCAACAGCACGGUAGGCCAAACAUGAGCUUAUUAACUGGGCCCUGGACCAAAUGAGUGAACUUCAAUCUUUUCCCCUCAUAUUAGACAGCAUCUGUUUUGCCAUUCUCAGAGGAGACUGUUGCAACAAGCCUUCUUUGUCGUUAAUGACAUUUUUUGACGUAGUCACCGAACAAACCACAUCGUUUUUUGUGUAUCGAUCGACACCACGUUUUUUCGAUGUUUGCAUUGAUAAGGAUUGUUUGUUUGUUUUCCCCACCUGGGAUGUUCAUGCAGUUUCUUAGCCUGUUGUUUUUGUCCUCUGUCAGUUUGAGUAUAUUGUUGGCAUGCAUGUGGAAGAGCCUGCAUGCAGAUGCGGGGUUUUAAAGGACGUCUGACUAGCCAUACAAACUGACCGCUUCGUGCUCCUGCUGCACUGGGCUACUGCUGCCUUCAUUCAGUGCCAUUCACACACAGAAGCAUUAUGUACAGAAUAAAGUGAUUAAAACCAAAAGCGUUGCCUUGCAUGGGUUUCAUGUGAACGUCAUCUCCAGUCAGUACAGACAGGAUUCAGCUAGUACUGUACUGAGUUUUAGCCUCAUACCAAUACACAAGCUAAC